UAUCAAUCAAUAUCACUGUCACUGUCACCUCUCUUCUCAUGAAUACAACUCAUUUUUUAAUAUACUACUAGUUCCGUCCCAUUUUAGGCGUCGGUUUCGGGAUUUGUGACUCAAGCCAAUAUCUAAAAUGGAAUAGAAGUAGUAUAUUAUAUGGGUUGUAUCAAUUAAUUGGGCCUAAAUGUUAAAUUACAGGGAUUUGGGCCAUUACAGUUAAUAAAUUCUAUAUAGGACCCAGUCCAUCCCUCAAAGGGCUUGGGCUCACACAUGGAACUCAGAAAAAGAAAAGACUGGUGCCAUUUAGGCGGGUGGCCACCUACUCUAAAGAUAUUGACUGGGCAUUUGCUCAUUCCUACUGUGCUCAUGGAUCAGGACCUACUUAUAUUUUUUAACUCAAAAAUAAUAGGAGAUUUGGACUAUAUAUUAUUGUACAAAUACUACCCCCAAAGCACAGGUAAUUAAUGGUUGGACCUUCCAAUAUAUAAAUUUGUUUGUAUUAAGAAAUUAGUUAAUAUAGUUGAACGGUUCUCCCAGUUCCUUCACUUCCUUUCGUUUAGGUGCGAGUAUAUUGACUCAAGGGGUCUACGAGUGGAAUAAGUGUAGGACCCCCAUGCUCAAAUAAACUUUCACCGUUGGAUCAAGUCAUAUCACAACAUCCAGGUCUGUAUCACAUGCCAUUGGAUUAGAUUUACUACUACUGCCAAUGAGAUUUACUACUACUGCCGAUGAGGAGGAGGAGGAGGAGGAGCAGGUCAAAGAGUAAGCACGUCAUAAGAUUAAAAAAAAAGGCAGCGACCAAAUCUUCUAACAUUUGCAUUAGUUGUGUUACCAAGUCCACCAUUAUAUCUAUCACAAGAUGGAGCGGUUAAACAAACUUCUUCUCACACACUCCCAUCUUGAUAAAAUCCCUCCAAUCUAUUUACUCAGCUCACGUCCUCACCUCCCCCUACUUGCCUUCUCCAAUUACUCUCUCCCUCUCUCUCUCUCAUGGGCAACUACAUCUUAUACUGCCAAUCACACACCUCUGGUAAGGUCAUUCUUUCUGAUGGCACCCUUCAUAAGUAUGACACACCACUAACAGUUGCCGAGCUCAUGUUAGAGUACCCACAACAGGUUGUGGUCGAAUUCCAGUCAGUUUUGAGUGAUAAAAGGCCGAGUCCAUUGCCCGCUGACAAGAAGCUAGAAAUAGACAAGGUCUACAUCAUGCUCCCCAUGAAACGAGGGAAGCCAGCAACAUUAUCAUCUGAGGAAUCCCAUCACCUUCUUUCGAGGGCAAGCUCAGUUUUAAAAUCUAGGUCUCUUUUAUCAUCAUCAGGAUUUCUUCCUUUCUUUGCCCGGAUAUGCCCUGCAACCACCAGAAAGGGUAACAAGUUUGUGCUCAAUAGGACAAAGGAUUCAGUGGAGAGGUCAGAAGAGGCAUCAAUACCAGAGUUUUUCCCUGAAAAUUUUGAGUUAGAAAGGCCAGAAUAUUUAAGCAGGCAACUCUCAGGCAAAGGCUGGAAGCCCAGUUUAGAUACCAUCAAGGAGAAGGGUGUUAAAAGAAAGGUUCGUCAUUGGUUGUUCUAAGCAAGUUGUGUUCAAAAAGGCUCUCAGAGCAUGACCACAAAGAUACUAAUAGAGGUGAGCUGGGCACUUGGGUUUAGUUUCUUAUUGUCAACCAAAAAUUGAACAAAUAGUGUUGCUAAUAAUAAGUUUAUAAGAGUCUAAAUAUGCUGCCAUGUGUGCUCAGUGCAUGAAGAAUUUUUUUUUUUUUUGAUAUGCAUGUAUGUUGUGUACUGUAUGUAAUUACAUAUGUGUGGAUGAAAUUAAAGAUGUUCCUUCAAGAGUUUUGUUUUCUGUAUCCAUUUGAAAUAAUACACUUGAAAAAUGGUUCAUAUAGUAUGGUACAAUCCCUGGUCACCCACAAAAAUGAAAAAGGCAAACUCAUAGUUCUUGGUAUGUGACGAUGUAGUGUUAGGUGCUACACUUUAUUCCCCAUUGAGGCAUUGAUAAUUUUACAUAAAUAUAGAGCCAUGACACACAAAAUUUAAGAAUGAAAAGCAUUCAAACGAGAGCAAAGGAAAAAAAAAAAAAAACCAAA